UAAUAAUUAAAAUUAGCACCACACGUGGGCAAAAUUUUAGGACUUUAUCUCAUUUUGUCAUUUUCGAUCAUUUUCUCAUCUCCUCUGUGAUGGAAGGAAUAGAUGUAAGGAUCCCUAGAGCAAACGACAAAGUCUAUAAAGAAGAAUGCAUCUAUUCUUUUGAUACACCAGAGAGUGAGGAUGGUUUGUACGUCAGUUUGCAUUCCUUUUAUGGAGUUGGUAAGGACUGGUUGGAUCUUCACUCUCGUAAAACUGGAGAGAAUGUUUACUUGAACAUUAAGAGACGACCGAAGCCAAAACCUGUUGAGGAGGAGCAAGCAACAGACGAUCCUCCACCAGAGAAGAAACCGACUCGUUUAGCUAUUGGAGUUGAAGGAGGAUUUACUGGAGGAAUUGAAAAGGUUGAGUAUGAAGAGGAGUAUAAAUUACUCGUUAAUUCAAAGCCAAUCCCAUGGCCUUGUCCUGAUCUAAUUGUUCCUCCAAAGGUUCAGGAGAGUGUUAGUGGUGUAUUAGCUGCUGAGUCAGCAAGUAAACAGGAUCAGAUAGCAGCUUGGGAAGAACCCAUGAUAGUAUCAAGACAUGCCGAGACACUAAUUCAACUACCAACUGACAAGAAAGUCCCGAUAAGGUGAGAUACAA